GGGUGUGUCGCUGGUGUGGGCGUGGCCAGGCGCAGCCACCACAACACAGGCACCGGAGCACAUUCCGCCUCUCGCAUGGCAGCGUCCUGACGUGGGAACGUGAGCGCCGGUGACCGGCGGACGAGCGGAUGCUGACCGGUCGUGUAGUUUCUGCCCACACGUUGAAAUCACAGCAGGAAUGGAUUGGAGGCUGUCUUGAAGGUCGGGUUCCCACAAACAAAAGGUGCAAGUGACUUCCUGGUACGGCCGAGGCGGUGUGUUGCUUUUCUUGCUGUCAGUCAACAGCCUUCCUGACGAUGAGAGCAGUGAGAAUAUUUAUCGUCACCUUCAAUUUGUAGCGCUGACUCCCGACCAGCAUGUCGACCAACAUGACUACCACGCCGGCGCCGACGAGCAACAGCACAUGUGCACCCUCCGACAACCUGUGCAUGGUGUCGACGUACCGCCUGGACGUGAUCGUGGUGCCGACGGUGCUCCUGCUGAUCAGCCUUGUCACCUUGGUGAUGAUGUUUAUUUUGGCCUUUUUUCACCGCCAGCGUUACGCCGCUGCCACCACCGUGCCGCGCUACAGCAGCACGUUGCAAAGGCGAGCGCGCCGCCUGCACGGCAUUGACGCGCCCCCCGGCAUCGACCCGCUGGAGCACGAAGAGGUGCCCAUGGCGGUACACAAACAGAGCAGCGGGACCGCCACCGUGACGCGACUGGGUGCUUUCAGCCAGGUGACUGCGCUGCCGCUGACGCUACCCGUGACCACCGACGACGGCGUCCUGCUCUACCGGGCCCGGAUGGACAACAAGGAUGUGGUGCUGAGGGUUCUGAAAGAUUCCUCCGGCGUGGAGGAGCGGCGCCGCUUCUUGAGUUUCGCUUCAUUCGUGUCGGGCUUGGGGACCCACCCGUUCCUGCCAGCCGUGCUGGGCGUGGUGAGCGGGUCCCGGACCGCGCCCGCCUUCAUGGUGCUGGAGGAGCUGCGACACCGAGACCUGCUGGGCUUCUUGUGGAAAUGCAGGCGACCGGACGCCACCUCUCGCAGCAUGACAGAGAAAAGGAUCUUCACCAUGGCGACGCAAGUGUCCUCAGCUCUGGAGUACUUGCACAGUCGGCGGGUUGUCCACGGCAACGUGUGCGCUCGCAGUGUCCUGGUGGGCGCUGACCUGACAGCCAAGCUGUGGGGCCUGGGGGCCGCCCACCGCCGCCGUCACCAAAGCUCCAGUAGCGCCACAGAGUCGAAUAAAUGGCAGGCGCCUGAGGUGCUGGCCCGCCGAGACUUCAGCCCCAGCGCCGAUGUGUGGUCCUUCGGGCUCCUGCUCUACGAGAUGAGUACGUUAGGUGAGCCACCAUUUGCACAGGUGCGCUCGUCAGAGCUCCUGCAGCACCUGCAGAGAGGAAAUUACCUGCGACGUCCGCCCGCCUGCUCCCACGCACUCUUCGCCGUCAUGUCGUCAUGCUGUCGGCGAAGCCCCCAGCACCGCCUCAGCCUGGCCGCGCUGGCCGAGAAGCUGCGCGCAGGAGAGAGGACGGCCGACGGGCGUGCUCUCAUCCGGGGUGCUGCGCCGCUGGACACACAGACGUACCUGCGCCAGGCGGGCUACGCCGACUCCUACAACUACGCUCUGCUCUGAUUGGACACCUUGCUGCUAAAUGGACAAAGACUGAUGAUGCUACACAUUUUCCUGAGAGCUUCUCAAUGAGAGUUAGUUUUUAUAAAUAUAUAUUUUUUGUCUUAUAA